CGGUCAUCAUUUAUCAACGGGCUACGUACUGUGGCAGGUAGCAUCUUCAACAUGCCGAAUGAGUAUUUCAUGUCGAAAUAUGACCGUACUUCUGUCCCGCAGGUCACAGACUUGAUCGGAUGGGAAGCAGGUAAGGGGAAAGUGUAUGACGUUUUCAAGGCACCAAUACUCUACCCUGAUAAUGUCAUCAAUGCGAAGAGAGCAUUCAAAAACUGGUUGGUGAUCGCAAAGAUUAUCAAGGUUGCGGUCUGUGGCAAAAUGUUGUUAUAUCCAAAAGCACGUGGUGGCCCGCCUCCCUAUGCCAAGAUUUGGCAGCUCGUAAACUGCACUCCUGGCCUAAUUGCAUUCGGUGUCACAUUGGUAAGACCAUCUUCAUCCCUGUCUCCCGAUCAAGAAUUCUCGGGAGAUGGUGUUGGAGCCAUAUUGUCGAUCUCAUAUCACUCAGUCUUCCAAACUGUUAAGAAAUUCCUCAUUGUCAAAUGGACACAUGAUCGCAUCAAAGAUAUCGUGCAGCAAAUCAAUGCUUAUGUCUUUGAUGGCAUUGUCAAGACACAGUUGGACAAUACUCCAGGCACUAUGGUAGAGGAUGUUACUGAUUCACUCGAUCAUGUUAUGGCCACACUUGACGACGACAGUGACUCAGAU